GAUAAAGUUACCAGUGAAAUUGUUGUCAACACAGUUGAGUCUGAUACUAAAAUAGAAUCUGGACCACCAUUUCAAGAAGCACUGCCGAUCAUAGUCCUUGACAGUGAAACUGUUGAUGUAGAAAUCAUUGGUAUUGAGAAAGUUCAAUCAUAUCUUGCCUGUACGAAAUGCACCAAAAAAAUUCAACAUACAGAUAAUCGAAGAUUUAUUGAAUGUUCACACUGUCAUUUCAAGCAAAAGGAAGCAGCAGCAGCCAAGCACUGGUUUGCUCAGGUCUUAGUCGAAAACAAGAGUUCAACUGAAACCAACAGAUUUAGUGUCACCCUCUUUGAAAGUUCCAUAAAGCAGAUUGUUCAAGCCAAUAGUGAAAUUCCAGAAGACAACAAGUUCACCAAAGAAUUGAUUGAAGAUCUUCUGUUUGACACAUCUGUUAUUUCGAUCACUUACAAUAAACGGACUCAUAUUGUGGAGAACGUUAUUUCAGCACAGUCAGUGCUCUAG